GCGGCGCCUCCAAUCAGGCGGCGGGCUCGCGACCCUCAGCCUGGGGCGCGCUGGGCACCACUGCCCGCCCCGCGGACUGACUGACGCGCCGGCUCGCCCCCGCCUGGUCUCCCCGGGCUCGGGCUCGGCUCAGACUAGGCGCCGCUCCGCUCCAGUCCUCGCCAGGCCCUUGCCCUGCCCGCAGCAGCCCCAGCCCGUGCUGCGCAGAGGCGGCCCCCGCUUGGCAGCUGCAAGCCACCCCGGAGCCUGCGCUCAGGAUGAAGUGUAAGCCGAACCAGACGCGGACCUACGACCCCGAGGGCUUCAAGAAGCGCGCCGCGUGCCUGUGCUUCCGCAGCGAGCGCGAGGACGAGGUGCUGCUGGUGAGCAGCAGCCGCUACCCCGACCGCUGGAUCGUGCCGGGAGGGGGCAUGGAGCCCGAGGAGGAGCCGGAUGGCGCGGCGGUGCGCGAGGUGUACGAGGAGGGCGGGGUCAAGGGGAAGUUGGGCCGGCUGCUGGGUGUCUUUGAGCAGAACCAGGACCGCAAGCACCGGACCUAUGUCUUCGUGCUCACUGUCACCGAGCUGCUGGAAGAUUGGGAAGACUCGGUCAGCAUUGGCAGGAAGCGAGAGUGGUUCAAGAUCGAAGAUGCCAUCAAGGUCCUGCAGUGCCACAAGCCCGUGCAUGCCGAGUACCUGGAGAAACUGAAGCUGGGCGGCUCCCCCACAAAUGGGAAUUCGGCUGCCCCGUCCCUGCCUGAGAGCGAGCCCUAGUAUGUACCGCUCCUGCCUGGACUCCUGCCUGUCGCCUCCCUGCACUGGCCUCCUGCCUGCCAGGGGAGCACCUCUCCUGUCCUGUGAGCCCGCAUGGGCAGGAGGGAGGCUUCUUUUGUUUCCUUGGCAGGCAGACCUCUGAAUCACGCUUGCAAACUGUCUUGGUUGCCAGGCGCUGUUUGCAGACAAUUUGCACGUUUUUCAGAUGCUUUUCCAAUCGCUUCUUGGUGGCACUGGUAAAAAUCUUGUGGUCAGCCAGAGCUGCAUGGGAUUUCGUGAAUGGUGCCUUAACUGCUUGCCCUGCUCUUAGUGGAGGGUGUGCG